GAGCAGUACGUUUGUCACAUGCUUGAUCAACUUGAUCAAGUUUAUGGCCCUAUUGGACUGCUAGAAUACACUAGUACCAAUGAGAAAUAUUUUGUUGCUUUUAAUAAAGAAGGGGAUAAGGGGGUCCAUAAAAUGGAUAAGGUUGCUGAAAAAUGGGGUGAGGGUGGUUAUUUUAAUGAAGCACCAACUAUGGAUGGAUAUGUUGAGCUUGAAAGCGAGGUUGCACCUGCUCAACCAACAUCUAAUGAAGAUGUUGCAUCUGCUAGUGAGACCUCAUCUGCUGGAGACGCUGCAGCUACUGCUGAGGCUACAACUAUUGAUGUUUUUGACCACUCAACUGGAAAUAGUUCAGAUUCAGACCAUCAAGAUCUAUUUGUUGAAGAUGAUGCUGAAUUUGAAAGUGAAGUGCAUGAGGAGGACAUAAACUUGAGGGCCAAAAGGAGGACAUACCAGAGGAGGAAGAGAAGAGAAAGAAUACCUAAUGACCCUGGAGAAAUUCCUCUUGGUUAAGUUGGUCCAGAUCUGGGAUUUGAUAAGACGGAAAUUGUUGAUAAAAGUGUAAAAGAUAAAGUUGUUGGGGAUAUGCUUGUGUAUUGCAGUUUUGAUGAAUUUCGUGUGGAAUCUGAUUCAGAAGAUGGGUUAGGGAGGACACAUAGUAGAAAGGUAUUGUAUGAUAAAUCUACAAAAUAAGUUGUGUGGCAAUGAGAAUAGUUUUUAAGGAUGUGAAUGAGUUUAGAGAUGUUUCAAAAUAUGCAUUUCAAAGAUGUGUUCAGUUAGAGGAGUAUAUUAAAGAGUCUAAAAAGGUUAGGGUUAGUUGUAGAGAAGGGUAUCCCUGGCCGCAAUAUGCAAGUCUUAGAAAGUCUACCAAUUAUUUUCAAUUAAAACUUACACUCCAAAGCAUAGGUGUAUCAAAACCACUAGAAAUUUCAUGUGUAAUGCUAGAUUCCUAUGCAAGCAUUUUAAAGAUAGAAUCACUGAGUAGCCAAACAUGAAGAUAUUUAAAUUUUAGCAAUUGAUUAGAAAAGAAUUGGGUAUACUUUUUGGAAAGACUACUGCCAGGAAAGCUAGAGGUAGAAUACUUCAAGAAUUAAUGGGUAAUCAUGUGAAAGAGAUUGGAAAAAUACUUGCCUAUAGGGAUGAAAUGUUGAGGUCCAAUCUUGGUUGCACUUGUGUUGUAAAAGUUGAUGAUUCUGAUGAUAGUGGUAAGCUUGUUAUUCAAAGUUUCUACAUUUAUUUUGACGCAUGCAAAAAUUCUUUUUUGGGUGGUUGUAGAAAAUGUAUUGGUUUAGAUGGAUGUUUCCUAAAGGGAGUAACCAAAAGACGGUUGUUGGUUGUUGUGUCUAAAGAUGAAAAUAAUCAAAUGUUGCCUAUUGCAUGGGCUAUAGUAGAGUAUGAAAAUAAGAACACUUGGACAUGGUUUGUGAAAUUAUUGAUAGAGGAUUUGGGAUUAGCACAUGCCAGAGAUUAAACAAUCAUUUCAGAUAUGCAAAAGGUAUUUUUUUUCUUUAUUUAGUUAUGUUUAAUGAAUAUUAUGUGUAGUUAUGAAUAUGUAAUUUGUUUGUGUUCAAUUAUGAUAUGAUUUUCAGGGUCUUAGAGCAACACUAAUAGAGCUUUUACCAUAAGUGGAAAUGGAGAGGUCUUCAAAGAAGGAACUAGUUUUGGAAAUGUGUAAGAAGCAUCUUUGAAGCUAAAAUGAAGAAAAAUCAGAACUAAAUGGCCAUGCUAGGUGGUGAAGAUAUUGUUCCAGAUUUACUUCAUUACAAGGUACAAACUUGGUGUAAAAUGUACUUUAGAACUGAUAUCAAAUGUGACAGCAUAGAUAAUAACAUGGCUGAGAGCUUUAAUGCUUGGAUCUUAGGACCAAGGCAUAAAACAAUUAUUACUACGGUAGAAGGGAUAAGGGUGAAGGUAAUGACUAAACUAGGUGAAUUCACUAAGUUUCCAGAAACAUGGCUGACUAAUAUAUCUCCAAUGGCUUUGAAAUAGCUGAUGGACCAUAUGUACAUAGUGCGGAUGUGAGGGACAGUACAUGUAGGUAUAGAUCUUGGAUGCUCAAAGGAAUACCAUGUCCACAUGGGAUUGCAGCCAUACUUUACAAGAAAUGGGAACCAAUUGAUUUGUUGAUAGCUUCUAUAGUAAAGAGACUUAUCUCUAGACUUACUGUCACUAUAUUCAACCAGUACCAACAUGAACAUGUCGCCAGAGUCAAAAAAUCCUCAUGUGGAGACACCAGUUGUUAAAUCUAUGCCUGGCAGGCUAAAGAAGAAAAGGAAUAGAGAGUUUGGUGAGACCAAAAAGUGUGGAAAAAUGUCAAGAAAAGGGGUUAACAUGACUUGUAGCAUCUGUCAAGGAAAAAAUCACAACAAAAGAGGUUGUCCUUUAAAGGAUUCUAUUGGAUCAAGUGGUGUUGUUAUUGGACCAAGUGAUGUACCAAGUACUUCAAGACCUAGGGAGAUGCCAAGAAACACUCCUACUACUACUGAUGCGCCUCCUAGACCUAGGGGAAGGCUAAGAGAAACAAGUGAUAAUCCUAAAGCACCUCCUAGACCUAGGGGAAGGCCAAGAAAAACAAGUGAUAGUCCUAAAGCACCUCCUAGACCUAGGGGAAGGCCAAGAAAGACAACACAAGCUGAACAAGUUGCGAGACCUCCUACACUUGAGGAAAGCCUUAAUGAACCAGUUGCACCAAAUACAAGAGGCGGGGAAAGGGAUGUUGAACAUGUUGCAAUAGCUGCAAGAAGUAGGGGAAGGGGUGUUGAACAUAUUGCAACUCAAGGGAAGAGGUAAGGUUGUUGAACAUAUUGCAGAAGCUGCAAGAGGCAGGGAAGGGGUAGGGGUGUAGCACCAGUUACAACAGCUUCAAGAGGCAGGGGCAGACUAAGGAAAACACCUCUUGGUGACAUAGGAGUGGCAAGGAGGACACAUUUGCAUGAGUGUUUUGAAAAUCCAAUAAGUUACACUACUUAUGCUCCACUAAAUCUACCUGUUUCACUUGUUCAUGAUCCACUAAAUCCACCUGUUUCACCUGUUGAUGCUCAAUUUAGUACAUGCGAUAGAGGAGCAACUGGUAAAAGGCCAAAGACAGUUGAAAUGGGUGUUUUGAUUGCUGAAAAUAGUUUCACAACAUAUAAUCCUGAGUUGCCAAGUCGUAUGAUACUACAUACUGGUUAUGCACAGUCUAUAAGGUCUGGUGAUAUUACUGGGACCUUGGUUACAAACCAAAAAUAGGAGAAAGGUUAAGGGGCAAAAAAGUAGUGACCGAAAACCAGCUUGAGUGAUGAAAAUGAACAAAAGACAGAAAAUAGCUUCUUCACAAUCCAAGCCACAAUGGAAGUAGUUUUAAAAUGUUGGUAGUUUUUUAGAUUAAAAUUGAUGUUGUAUUGUUAAUUGGGUAGGUUAUUUUGACUAACAAUGUGAUUUACUUUUACAAGGUCAUUUUUUAUAAAGUUUUUAUGAUUCACUUGAAUCUUGCAUCUGAGACAUUUGUGCAGUAAUUUUGUAUUGUAUAUUGCACUUGAAAGUUCAAGUUGCAUCUCAAAUAGUUAUGCACUGAUUGUGUAUAGAAUUCUUGCAUUGAUUAUGCACUGAUUUUGUAUAGAAUUUUGUAUUGAAUGUUUCUA